AUUAUCCCUCCUCCUCUGCAGGAGAACUGCAGAUUCCUAUCAAGAAUCAAAGGAGUCCAGCACACAUUCUGACUUCAUGUUGAUGGCUUUAGCAGAGCUCCUUGCCUGCAGGUACUGCAGAGCAGCAGGUCUUUUAAGUGACUGCCUGAAAUAGGGGCUCUUAAAUGAUACAGCACCUUGAACCUGACUUGGAUCAUUCCCCAUCAAAUCCUGCUAGGGAGGAGAUGUUUCACAGAGAAAUUGAAGAGAAAGCCAGUCAGGAGCAGGAGGACAGAUUGCGUGAAGUGAAUCUCUCUACCCAGAGGCUGCGUGUGCUCCCUCCCGCAGUCCUGAGCAAUUCCAUGCUGGAGAGCCUUGAUCUUGAUAGGAACAAGCUCAGGAGCAUCACUGGCAUUUCUAAGCUUUGCAACCUCAAGAAGCUGAUACUGUCCAAGAAUGAGUUUGUGGACUUUCCCAAUGAAAUCCAGAGCCUGGUCUGUUUGGAGAGGCUUGAGCUGAAUCAGAACCAAAUCUGGAUCAUCCCAGAGGGGGUUUUCUCCCACCUCCCCAGGCUGAAGCACCUGCGGCUGAACAACAACCGUCUCUGUGCCCUCCCCAGGGACCUGGCAGCCUGUCGGGGCAGCCUCCAGUACCUCAACAUCUCCAACAACCUGUUCCGGACCUUCCCGCAGCCCGUCCUGCAGCUGGCACGCCUACAGGAGUUCCACGUGCAGAAUAACGCCCUUCGCCAGCUCCCCAGGGAGCUCUUCCAGGGACAAUCCCUGAAAAUGUUUAAGGCCAGUGGGAACCCCCUCCGGGAGCCGCCCAGUGAAGUGUGCGCUGGUGGCAUUCAGCAGAUCCGGAAUUACUUCAGCCAGCUUCAGCAUGGUUUGGGGCAGGAGGACAAGAGGGUCAAGGCCAUGUUCCUGGGGGCCUCGCUGGCUGGGAAGUCCACCAUCUGCAGAAGCCUGAAGCAAGGGCAAUCCAGACUGGUCCCCAAGGAAGAGCGAACGGUUGGGAUAGAGAUCAGUGAGUUCCAGAUCGAGGACUUCACAUUUCUCUUCUGGGACUUUGCUGGCCAGCUGGAAUACUAUAUGACUCACCACGUGUUCAUCACCCCACAGGCGCUCGUCAUCCUCGUCGUCAACCUUCACAUGUACCAAACUAACGACAAAACUUUCAAGGAGCUCGUUGGUUUCUGGAUCAACAACCUGUCCAUGCGAGUUCCAAACUCAGUGGUGCUUCCUGUGGGAACCCAUGUGGACUGCUGCCAGGAGCAGGAGGUAGCAGAGAAGACACAUGACAUCAUGGCCAGGAUCACAGCCAUGCUGGCAGAGAGAAAAAGCAACCUUGCUCACUUCAUCGACAACCUGGAGGGCAGUGAGGAGCCCGAGUUUUACGUGGACCAGUGGGAGAGGCUGAAGGAGAUGGAGAGCUGCACGUUAACCAUCUUAAACUUAGUUGCUGUCAACUGCACGGAUCACUGUGCCAUCAGAAAGCUCGAGGCUGCUAUUUUGAAGCAUGUGAAGAAUGAGGAGCUCUUCCCUGAGGUUGUCCGAGUGCUGCCGCCCAUCUACAGGCAGGUGGAAGCUGCCAUCGCGGAUAUUGCAGAGAGCGAGGAGAUGGCAGCGCAUGGCAUGAUGGAUCUCCAGUACCUACUCAGCAAACUCUCCCAGCGCAGGCACCUGGCCAGCCUGAACAGAGAGCUCCUCCAGGACAUCCUGCGGUACCUCCACCGCAUUGGGCUCGUCGUGUGGUACGAGGAAAUCAAGCACUUGGAAAACACCAUCUUCCUCCAGCCUACAUUUUUAAUAACGAUGUUCAAGCUCCUGGUGCGGCACCACCUCGUCCAGCAGCUCGAGAGCAUCUCCGUGGAGACGCUGAUCGGGGAACAUGCCACCAUCAGAGACAGGGCCAACUGGGUGUGGACCUUCAAGUCAAAGGCAAUGCUGUGCCACCAGGCUGUGCGUGCCUUGGUGAAGCACCAGCUCUGUUCGGAAGGGAUGAGGGAUAUCUUUGAGGAAAUCAUGGGGCACAGGCCUCACAGAGGGAGAGGGAAGCUCUUCAGCCUCCUGGAGCACUUUGAGCUCUGCCUGGAGGUGAAGCACACUGAAGCACUCAACCCACAGGCCAGGGAGUUUGUGCCUGGGAAGCCGUGGGAGACAACACGGAGCCAAGGCAAGUCCUGGUACUUGUUCCCAACCUAUCUGAACCAGACAGAGGAAGUGUCUGAGGUGUGGGGAGGAGAUCACCCCGAGGACCUCCACAUCCGUGCCUACUUCUCACCUGAAAUACCUGAGGGCUUCUUCCAGAGGUUCCUGGUGAAAGCUUGCUCCUUCUAUUCCGCACACUGGGUGGCCAAGCUGACCUGCCUGCUUGUAUGCAAUGGCAAACCUCUGCUGAUCAAAGAGAAUAACCAGAGGGCCUACAGCUACCUGGAGCUCCGUGGCAGAAAGCCAUCAGAAAGGACAGGGUUCCAGUUUGCCUGGGACUUCCUCGUGGCAGUUGUGCUCAUCAUCCAGAAGCUCGCUGAGGAGUGGCCGGGGCUGCACGUGUGUGUGAAGACUCCGUGCCGAACGUCCGGCUGUCCUGCAGAGUUCCUCUGGCCAGACAUGGAUGGCACAGGUGCCACGACAAAGGAAGAUGUUAAAACCUGCGGGACAUGUGGGCACCGCUUUGGUGCAGAGCUGCUCCUGCCCAAAGUACCCAGGCCGCUGGAGGAGCCCCCAGCACAGCCCUCUGCUCACUAUUACGUGACAAGCUACGGCACCACCACCUUUGGGCCCAGCAGCAUCCAGGUCACUCGGCAGGUAAGGACACUGCUGCCUCCCCAUGCCCAGGGACCAACAGGGAUGGUCAGGCUCCUCAAAUGAGGGCAUGCAGUUGCCUGCAGCGUGGGGAGGGCAUGCCCCAUUUUCAGGCAGCCCUCUGGUUUGCACACUCUUCCCUGAGACACCACCCCCUCGGCACCUCUGAGCUGGUGGUCUGGGUGUUUCGUGUUGUACUUACUGCCUUAUUUUUCCAGAACAUCUCCAGUGAGUAACUCUGGGCCAGUGCUCAACGAAGAAUUACUUUUGUUUAGCCCAAGCCAAGCUGUCCUCAACGCAUUCUGCUUGCAAGUCAUGUUUGCAGCCUUAAUGCAUGGAAAUAAAUGCAUUGAUAAAUGCAUCCCUUCACACUGGGAAGUCACCUCGUCCACUCAAAUUUAAGGGGAAGAAGGUGCUGAUAAAGCUGU